ACCGAUUCGCUGAGUAAUAAUCGCGUUUCUCACUCACCAGGACGAAAGCUAGUUUUUUUUUUCUUUAUUGGGAGUGAAAAUGGCGUCGUACACGCUCUCCUUUAUCCCUUUGACGGUCUCUAAUCGUCGGAUCUUUGUUUCGAGUCAGAAAGGAUCUCCCUCGUCUUCUUCUUCUUCUUCUUCUCCGAUUCCUCCUACUUCUCUGUUAGGAAAGAAGCUUCUUGUGACGAAACCGUCACGUCGCUGCUUCGUCUCCAAGCACCGGUGCUUGACCUCGGCUAGUACGGUCUUUAGCGUCCCGACUGCGCAGCCGGAGAAUGGUUCUUCGGAUAAGCUCCCAAAAUGGUCGGCGAGAUCGAUAAAAUCACUUGCAAUGGGGGAAUUGGAGGCUAGGAAACUCAAGUAUCCAAGCACCGGCACCGAAGCCAUUCUAAUGGGUAUCUUAGUUGAAGGCACUAGCACAGCUGCUAAGUUCCUGAGGGGGAAUGGAGUCACACUUUUCAAGGUGCGAGAUGAGACGAUAAACCUGCUGGGCAAAUCAGACAUGUACUUUUUCAGCCCAGAGCAUCCUCCUCUAACUGAACCGGCUCGAAAGGCCAUUGAAUGGGCCAUUGAUGAGAAGAAGAAAUCUGGUGUGGAUGGGGAACUAACCACGGCCUACUUGCUUCUUGGGAUUUGGUCUCAAAAGGAUUCAGCAGGCCGUCAGAUUUUGGAAACGCUCGGGUUCAAUGAAGAUAAAGCCAAAGAAGUUGCGAAAUCAAUGAAUGAAGAUGUAGAUUUGAGCUUCAAGAAACAAGGUCAAUAGUGAUGGGAUUUAUUUCAGUCAGCAAAGCUCCUGUAACUGUAUACGGAGUGGCAAAAGAUUCAAGACAACAAACCAAGACACCAAAAGCCCCCUUUCUUGAAGCUCAUGCCUUUUUCUCUUUCAAUACUUGGUUGUAGUCAAGUUUUAUUUUUGCAUCAUAUAGCUUUUCUGCUUUAUCACAAUUCACAACUCCAAAAACAAAAUUAAUUCAGUGAUUCGCUUCUCUUAUAGGUCUAUCUAUGUUACUACUAAACCAAAAACUCAUAUCCUUGAACACUCAUUCGCU